AUGAUGAACGCGCAAAGACGACUGGCGGGCCUGUGCCUGGCGGCUGCGUGUGUCCGCCGAGACAUCUGCGCAAACGCCUGGAGCCCCGAACCCGCUGGCUUCCAAUGCCUGGCUGUCGCCGCGGACGGCGCCUCGUUCCAGGCCGACUGGCACUGGACGAGCGGCGCGCCCUUUGCCGUCCACUCGUUCCCACACGUCAACCUGCACUCGGCGCGCAUGCCGGUGAAGCUCGAGAACAUCACAAAGGCCACCCUGGCAGUGGAAUGGGGCAUGGGCCCCAACGCGACGUUCCCCAAGGGCAACACCCACGUCACCGACGCGGUGGCGCUCGACGCGGCCAAGACCAUGGCCACGAUUGCCUACGACCUGUGGAUCGACGAGGACCCGGAUGUCGCCGCCUCCGCGGCCGAGGCCAAGUACGAGAUCAUGAUCUGGCUCGGCCACUACGGCAACCCGCAGCCCAUCUCGAUGACCUACCCAUCCGUCCCGCAAGGGUCCAUCAUUGUCGACAAGAAAGCCUUCACCCUCUACAUCGGCAAAAACGCCGUCGGCCAGACAGUAUGCAGCUGGGUCCUCGACGCGCCCUCGACAGCCUUCAAGCUCGACAUUGUCCCGCUCAUCGCCGAGCUCGUCAAGAAGAAGCUGAUCCCCGCGGCGGCGUACCUGGGCGGCGUGCACUUUGGCGUCGAGGCCUUCUACGCGGCCGAGACGAUGGCGUUCGUCGCCAAGGACUACACGCUCGCCAUCAAGGACACUGCUGGCAGCGACGAUGAUGUCGUGACCUCGAGCAAGACCAGCAGCUCUGCGCCCACGCGCACGCCGACGAGCGGUGGCUCGGGCCCCGCGCAGACGAUCAACUGGACACCGGUGACUCCUACGCCUGGCGGCAACGGCCAGUCUACGGGGCGCCGUCGGCCGGGUCGCUGUCGGUGUCGCGGAUGAGCGGGCUGCAGCUUGUUGGGUGUCUGGUUGCGGGCUUGCUGGCUGCUUACGCUUUGUGAGGGUGAUGAAGUGAUAGAGCACAGCAUCCACAGUGGCGUGUUUGAACAGCAUUAGACCGGGGAUAUGGUUUGUGAGACGGUGAAAGAUACCACAGCGCUUGACCUUUGCAUAGCAGC